CUUUUCUAUUGCGAGACUUGAGCUUCAGCGGAUUUAGAUACUUUUGCGCAAAGUCCAACUAGUCAGGCUAACGCCUAUUAAACUUUGUAACGUAUUCGGACUUUUGCAGCUACUGUCAUUAAAGCUGAAAUGCGAAUUUACCGGGUGAUCCCUGAGUGUGUUGAUUGGGACACAACUGCGCUGCACAAUACUUCGCUGCGAUGGCGUCUCGGGGUUUCCUGGACGAGGAGCAGUCCGGGGGGCGCCGCCCCGACCUGGGCUUCACGGAGGUCAUCAGCCAGCGGAUGUGCGUCCCCGAACACCUGAGGGUGGCCGCCAUGCCCUCGGAGGAGCAGGAGGGGCCGGGCCGGGAGCCGCCGCCUUCCUUCAGCAUGCACGUCCCUGACCGGAUAUCGCUGGCGGAUGUUCCAGAUGUGAGUCCCCGGCCCCCAUUCUUCCCUCGGCUGAGCCAGGGGUGGACCCCCCAGCCCCCAGCUGCUCUGCGCCGUGCUGGCUACUCAGGGGUGCUCUCUGAGUCUCUGGCAGCAGGGUGGGACAGGGGGACACAUCGUCAAGAGGAGCAGGCCUCCCUCCGCAGGUCAUUCAGUGACUGCACGUUCAUCAGGAGCUCUGCGGCACCCUCCAGUGGCUCACGACCCCAGCAGCCCCUGCAGCCUCUCCAGAGUGUGGGACACCCCCAGCACCCCGAUUCACCCUCCUCACCCCUGGAGCCUCUCCCCAGCCUGCUGUCCCCUCAAAACAUGCUGAGGACUGCGCGGGAGCUGGGACAGCAGGCCACUCAGCAGCUCCUGCAGACAAUCACUCAGAAAUACAGCCCCAGUUACAGUUGCCUGGAUAGCUCUCCGACCAACAGCGCCAGUUUUAAUCCUGUGGGCGACCAUAGAAGAUCAGUAAGAUAAGCCACCGUCUGGCUGGCCUGGAGAGGCAGAAUGUGGAGCACAGACGCACCGAACUGCUGCUCUUCUCCCUGCUGCUCUCCGCCUGUAUGGUCAAUGGUUGGCUGUGGUUGCGCAGGUAGCCUCAAGCUGCACAGAGAAAGCCCCAGGCUGCGCAGGAAGGACCUGUGCCAUCUCCCACACAGGUGCAUGGAAAUGGACUUCAGAGCAGCAAGGAGCACCUUCCCCUGAGAUGAUGGGCAAAUUGGACUGACAGCUCUACACUGCAGCUACACAGUCGGCCCCAAGAGUCCACUUAGAGACGCAGGAGAUCAGUUCUGUCUGCAUGUCAGCCCACCCCUCUGUACCUCAAGGAGACACCCCUCACUAGCAGGAGCUCCAGGACUGAGACAGGAUGAGGACAGCAGUGUCUUAGCACUCCUCGGAGUGCGCCCUCAGCCUCGCUGGAGACAGCCUGGACCUUGCACUACAAUGAAGGUUCUCUGGUUGUUGAGGACUAGAACUGCAGGCUCCUAUUCUGUCACAUGUGACUGUUAACUGAACUUAUUAGUUUCCUAAUAGGAGAGAAUUAGAUAUUAGUUGCAAGUUGUUUUUCUGUAACACUGAAUUUAACAAAAUCUGUACAGGAUGUUUCAUGCUGCUCUGAGACUUGAGAAAUGCAGGGAACAGUAGCUCAGCCUAGACUGAUUGAGCUUACUGAAAUACUAUGCAAAGCAGAGCUCACCAGGUGAUGUUCAGAUGUCCCUAGUGAUUGGCAGGAAUGUUGUGUUUCUAGGAGUUGUGUUUGCUGAAUAAUUUGUGUGUGUGUUUAAAAUACACUUUAUAACAGAUUUUAAUAUGUGAAAUAAAUUUUGGAUUUACUCUCUGUA